AUGUGUCCUUCAGCCGACGACGUCCAGACGAACGGCGUCAACGGGCAGGUCAACGGUACCCACGGCCAUACCAAUGGAACACAUGCCCCAGGCAGCCACCCCGGCUAUACUGGCAUCAAUACCUCCACAAACCAACCUCGAAAUGAGAGAAAUCCCUACAUGCCCGUGGGUGACUUCCUGAGCAAUGUCAGCAGAUUCAAGAUCAUUGAAAGCACGUUAAGAGAAGGCGAACAAUUUGCAAAUGCCUACUUUGACACCGCCAAGAAGAUCGAAAUCGCAAAAGCGCUAGACGAGUUUGGCGCCGACUACAUUGAACUCACAAGUCCUGCCGCGUCCGAGCAAUCCCGCAGGGACUGCGAAGCCAUCUGCAAGCUUGGCUUGAAGUCCAAGAUCCUCACGCACAUCAGAUGUCAUAUGGACGACGCGCGGAUAGCAGUCGAGACCGGUGUUGACGGUGUCGAUGUUGUCAUCGGCACGUCGUCUUUCCUCCGCGAGCAUUCCCACGGCAAGGACAUGACCUACAUCAAGAACACGGCAAUCGAGGUCAUCAACUUUGUCAAGUCCAAGGGCAUCGAGAUCCGAUUUUCCAGCGAAGACUCGUUCCGAUCGGACCUGGUCGACCUCUUGUCGCUUUACCAGGCCGUCGACAAGGUUGGCGUGGACCGAGUCGGUAUUGCAGACACGGUCGGAUGUGCUUCCCCAAGACAAGUCUACGAUCUUGUCCGAACUCUUCGAGGUGUUGUCAGUUGCGACAUCGAAACCCAUUUCCACAACGAUACUGGCUGUGCUAUUGCGAACGCAUACUGCGCCCUUGAAGCUGGUGCUACACAUAUCGAUACUUCGGUCCUCGGUAUUGGUGAGCGCAAUGGUAUCACUACGCUGGGCGGGCUUAUGGCUCGAAUGAUCACGGCUGAUCGUGACUACGUCAAGAGCAAGUACAAGCUGGAGAAGAUCAAGGAUAUUGAGGAGCUCGUGGCCGAGGCCGUGGCCGUCAACAUUCCCUUCAACAACCCUAUCACCGGGUUCUGUGCUUUCACCCACAAAGCCGGCAUCCAUGCCAAGGCGAUUUUGGCCAACCCAAGCACAUACGAGAUAAUUGACCCCUCGGACUUCGGUAUUGGACGGUAUAUCCACUUUGCUUCUCGUCUGACGGGAUGGAAUGCUAUCAAGUCAAGAGCACAACAACUCCAGAUUGACAUGACCGAUGCACAAUACAAGGAAGUUACGGCGGCAAUCAAGAGACUCGCGGAUAUCAGGCCUAUCGCGAUCGAUGAUGCUGACUCGAUCAUCCACGCAUACCAUCGCAAUGUCAAGAUGGGCAAGCAAAACCCCGGGCAGGAGGUUGAGCUGCCGAACAUGACAGAAAAGGAAAAGAAGCUGCUAGCAGAGAAGCAGCAAGAAGAUCAGGCGGUACCUGAGAAGAGACGGCUGGAGGAGACGGUCGAGGAAGAAGUGGCCACGGAACAGGUGGUCAAGAAGGCCAAGACGAACGGCAUCACAUCAUAA